CUUCUGGGAUACUGCGCCAACGGACGUUGUGGCCGCGCGUCAGUGAGGAGGGAAGCUAGGGCCAUGCCUUCUGAGGCAAGGCCUGUGCGGGGGAGAACCCGGCAGUUAGCCAGGGUGUUGCGGGGUGCGCGAUCUAGGCAGAUAAAUAAUGAGAUGAGGAGCAAAGCGGAAAAUCCGGCCAUCGGUUCGCACCCAGGAGGCGGCCUCCGCGGGCGCCAGAUCUUAAUAGCUGCCAUGCCUCUGCCUUACUGGCAGGCGUCGAUGCGCGGCCACCAGGCUGAGAGGAAGAACUAUCUGGCGACAAUAUGGGCCCACAAGCGCUUCAUGCUGCUCGUGGGCCUCAUCUGGGUCCUUCUACUGCUUUGCAGCUUCCUGAUUGUUGGUUUUCCAUAUUCUUUGGCCCCAAGUGAGUAUCUUCUCUGGAGCAACGAAAAUGCUGAUGGACAAUCUCUGGAACAAGACUCUACCUGGGAAACUAUGCUACCUUUUUUCUUCCCAACCACGUGCAUUCCAAAGGAAGACCAGGUGGUGGAAGCUUGCACUGGACUGAGAAAUCUUAACCGGAGUGAAUGUUUGAAACUCAAAUGCUGUUAUUCAUCACUCGGGAUCAAUAACCUCAACUGUUUUACCCCGUUAGAAGAUAAGCCUUCACAGAUGUUCCGGAUAUUUGUGCUUGGUCUGAUCACCAUGAUCAUCCUGGCAUGCCUGCCCCUUUGCUGCUGCGCUCUCUGGCGGAAGAGCAAAUGGGCCAAUCCUUUACGAAGGAAAGUCAACAGAAUAGUAAAGAGUUUGAAGAAACAAAGAAUCAAACAGAAAAAGGAUGCUGAGAUGUUGAGGCCAGCGAUGGAAGGCGAGGAGGCAUUUGGUGAUGAGAAGGAGGAAGAGAGGAGAGCGUUAUUUCAUCACUAAGAUGAACACCAGCCAGAGGAGAAUGUCCCUGUCAAAUACAUCUGAUGGAACAUUUUAGAAGAACAAAAGCUGGUUCUUAUUCUCAUUACAUUUGCCUCCAAAUACAAAAUAAAGUUGAUACUUCUGUUUUUCUGC